GUGUAGCGGGCGAGGCUGACUUCCGCGUCAGACAGUGUUCGUUUGGACAGCGAGUGAGACGGAGGGCCUGCGCGCGCGGAGAGGGAGACAGACAGAGAGGAAGAAAAUAGAGAAAGAGAGAGAGAGAGAGGAGGAGGAGAUUUAAGGUUUUAUUUAGACAUCAUCCAACAAGAAGUCACAGAAGACGCUGCUGGUGCAGGAUGAAGCCUGCGGUGUGGUACAUGAUGAUGAUCAUUGUGGGCUUUUUCUACGUGUACCUGACGGCCGUCCAGUACAUCCGGGGCCAGGUGCUGGAUGAGCCUCCCAGUAACUACCUGCCGCAGUAUGACCCACAGUACUUCGACGAGAGCCUCUUCAGCCCGACGAGCAGCCUGGACUUCGAGUACCACGACUACACGAGCAUGACGUCCUUCCUGCGAGCCAUGAGCGCCACUUACCCCAACCUGACGGCGCUCUACUCCAUCGGCAAGAGCGUGCAAGGGCGAGAUCUGUGGGUGCUGGUGGUGUCCGCAUCGCCGUACGAGCACAUCGUGGGCCAACCCAACGUGAAGUACGUAGCCAAUAUGCACGGAAACGAAGCAGUUGGGCGGGAGAUGCUCCUGCACUUGGUGGAGUACCUGGCGAAGAGCUACCACACGGACGACUACGUACGCUGGCUGCUGGACAAUACCCGCAUCCACAUCCUGCCCUCGAUGAACCCGGAUGGCUUCGAAGUGGCGAGGGAGGGCACGUGCCAGGGAGGGCAGGGGAGGUACAACUCCCGCGGCUUCGACCUGAACCGCAACUUCCCCGACUACUUCAAGCAGAACAACAAGCGGUCGCAGCCGGAAGCCGAGGCCGUGAAGCAGUGGGUGUCCAAGAUCCAGUUCGUGCUCUCGGCCAACCUGCACGGCGGCGCCCUCGUGGCCUCCUACCCCUUCGACAACUCGCCCAACACCAUCUUCCAACAGUUCACCUCCACGCCUUCGCUCACGCCUGAUGACGACGUCUUCAAGCAUAUCGCCAGCCUCUACGCCUUCAACCACGCCACGAUGCACCUGGGUCUCCCUUGCAAACCGGGCGCGCCCACCUUCGCCAACGGCACCACUAACGGGGCCGCCUGGUACCCGCUCACCGGUGGCAUGCAAGACUACAACUACGUCUGGCACGGUUGCAUGGACAUCACCAUUGAAAUGUCAUGUUGCAAAUACCCCCCCGCUGAUGAUCUGCCCAAAUUCUGGGAGGACAACAAGAAGGCCCUAGUGAGGUACCUGGGCGAGGUGCACCGCGGCGUCCGGGGCUUCGUGAAGGACGAGCGCAACGCCCCCGUGGAGGGCGCGUCGCUCAAGAUCAAGGGGCGCGACGUCGGCUUCCAGACCACCAAGUACGGGGAGUACUGGCGCGUCCUGCUGCCCGGCCGCUACGCCAUCGAGGUGUACGCUGAAGGUUUCGAACCCAGGGAAGAGGAGUUCGAGGUUAUUGAGACGAAUCCAACCCUGCUGAACCUCACCUUAUACAAAGCUGUGCCCGGCCCGACGCCCCUGCCCUCGCGGCCGGAGCAGCAGGCGCCCGAGACGACAGCCGGGCACCGCAUCGACCAGCAGCGGCGCCCCGUGUACGUGGGCGGCCCGACCCAGCAGCAGGGCGGCGCCCCUCAGCCCCAGGGCGGGAUAGGCGGCUUCCUGUCGUCCAUCGGAGACACCAUAUCCAACGUGAUCGGCAUCUUCGGCUGAGGCGGAGGCGAGCGGCUGCCCACCUGCUGAGCGCCAGGAACCUCUGCUGAAGGAGCUGAAGGCGUCGGCCCGAGGCCCCGGAGGACAGCCAGCCCCCCCGCCUCGAUACCUCGUUUUAUUUAUGUAUUUUCUAUUUAUAUUGUUGUUGUUGUUAUCCGUUCGUAAAGGAAGACCAAUGAUGAUGAUAAUGUUAAGAGUCAGAGUGCAUGAGAACACAUUUUCACGAAGAAACAACCUGAAGUAACGGUCUCCUCCUUAGCUAACCUUACUCAGGUGCCAUGCAGACAUAUGCACAAAAGAACCAAAUAGAUUAAUGAUAAUAAAUAGAUAAUAAUAAUAAAAAAACAACUUAAAUCCCUCUCUUUUACGAUUUUUUUCUUCUUUUUUUUAACGAAAGCGUAUGGGAGUAGCUUUUUAGACAUCCAAGACAAUGUUUUCGAGUAAGUUCGUCGUAGCGUUAGGCAUUACCUUUCCUGAGGAGCAAGUGGCAUUAGGCUCGGGCAGUUGGCACCCUCCCUCCCUCGGCGGUCCAGUGCCGGGGAGGAGAAGAGCCAGCCACCACUUUUAUCUAUGUGAUUCCUUGAUUACCUGAUAGUAAUUAUAUAUAUACAUAUAUACAUACCAUAUAUAUAUUAAUAUAUUUUGAAUUGUUACUAUUUAUUUUAUUAUUACGCUUGUUACUACAGAUCGCACCCGACCGUAGGUUUUAAGGUAGUUUGUAAAUGUUAUAUAAAAAUGUGCGAUGUCUCGUUGAUUUUUUUUUAAUAUUCCGAGUUGACAGAAUUUCAAGAUGCAUUCGCGGUCAUAAUGUUGCAAAUCGCCCUCGUAUGUGUAGUGCAAUUGUUGCACCUAAAAUUUGCGCAUGUGAAAAAACACACGUAACAAAUGAAUACUUCUGCUGAAACGGCGAUAAUGCUAUAAGGAAACCUGAUAAAAAUCUAAUUGUUCACGUUACAUUUUUUCAACACUUCGAAUUGAACAAGAGUUAUCAGCAGUGUAAAGUAACAUGAAUUAGAAUAUAAAUAAAAAAAAAAAAAAUUUCCUCAAUGUUGGGGCGAUCUGCGCAUUGCGACCGUCUUCUGUUAGCCAUUGAAGGUGCGGCCGCGAGAACACAGGCAGAGACACCUACUAUGCACACGUUUUAGCUAACAAGAGUGUUCACGUCACUGUUAUGAUGUUAUUUGCCCAUUAUGUGUAUAGAGGACUCGGUUAUUUUCAUAUCAUUUCUUAUUGUUGAUGGAUGACAUGUUGUUCAUUCUCGUGUGAACUUUUGUGAGCACUGUGAUGAGGCAGAUUCCGAGCGAUAGAUAUAUUGUGCAUCUAUUUGAGGCGGUCGACGAGGGAGCGAAAGUCAUUUGCCGGGAGUGACUAAAAAUUUAGAUUAUGAUGAAUAAUCGACGUGACUAAAUUCUUUAAACGUUCUGGAUUUCAGAACUUUAUAUAGCGAGCACUAUUUUGGUUCGAUUAAAAAGGAAAGAAAAUAUGUUGUAAAAAUCCCUUUUUCCGACCUCAUGUGUUGCCGGUAUGUCCUGCGGCGCCAGUCCUUCGAGGGAAGCCGACUCGAUGUAGUUUUGAAAUACACACAUAUAUAAUAACGAUAUGGGGAAUGUUGUCACAGCCCAUGGGAGGAACGCUUAACUUCUAUAGCAUUUGUUAGUCUAUUUUUUUCCCUCUGAAAGACUGGCGCGCUGUUCCGAGAAAAAAAAAGAGGAAAAAGUCU